AUGCUUCCUGGAGGCGUGGCGGCGGGCGGAGGGGGGCGUGGCGGCGGCGGCGGUGGCGGUGGCGGGCUGUGCCUGCUGCGCUGGCUGGGCCUCAGGCUUUGGUCCCGGCGGGGGACCCUGGUGUUUGCUCUGCUCUGGUUCGGAUCCUGGCUGUUCCUGAACGGCCUGGUCCUGGUCCACAGGAGCAUCCUCUCCGACUACUGCACCGACGACAAGAGCAAGAGGAUCCUGCAGAGGCUGACCCGGAGGUUGCCUCCUGGCUCAGACCCCGGAGGUUGCCGCCUGGCUCAGACCCGGAGGUUGCCGCUCUGUUUAACCCCGUGUGUCCCCCCACAGUGCCUGGAGUUCGGCGAGGGCUCGGUGACGGGGGAUAUGUGUGAGGACCUGUGCGUUCUCGGCCUGGUGGAGUACAAACGCUGCCUUUACUACGAGAAUGGGAAGAAGGUGAUCGAGGCGCGAUGGAGGGGGAACCCCAUCAUCCUCAAGUCCAAACUGGAGAACUUCUCCUCGUACGAGCCGCUGGGGAUCCUGGACUACCAGGACACGGCGGAGGAGCUCUCCCCUCUGGACGUGGUUUUCUACGCCACUCUGGAGGUACGAAACUCUCUGGGGCUGGCGGAGGAGGAGGAGGAGGACGAGGAAGGAGGAGGAGGAGGAGGAGCAGGAGGGAGUAACGGCUCUCUGGCCAGACUUUGGGGGAAGAAGCUGAAAAAGCGAGAUAAGAGUUACUCUCGAGCGGAGCUGGCUUCUCUCUGGUCUCUGCUGCAGCAGGAGGAGUACACCUUCCUCAGGGUCCUGCAGGACCUGAGCGUCCAUGUGGCGAAGGUUCUGGGCUCCUGCGGUCACUUCUACGCGGUGGAGUUCCUGUCAGCGGGCCACGCCUGGGACCAGAACAUCUUCUCCCUGGAGGAGGUGUCUGUCUCUGGGGGGGCCCCCCGGGGGACGGGGGCCCGGGGCCGCUGGAGCACCAGGGAGAUGGUGCACCGCAUCGCGCUCAGCUUCCUGGACCUGGUUUGGCACUUCGACCACGACUUCACACACAAGCUGCACCUGUGUGACAUCAAACCGGAGAACUUCGCCAUCAGGAAGGACCUGACGGUGGUGGCCAUCGACGUGGACAUGGCGUUCUUCGAGCCGAAGAUGCGAGACAUCCUGGAGCAGAACUGCAGCAGCGACGACGACUGUAACUUCUUCGACUGUUCGUCCAGCUGCAACAUGAACCGCCGACGCUGCAGCCCACGGCGCCGCAACACCAACCUGCAGGUGAUCUGUGAGAAGAUCUUCAGGCCGUGGUUUUCUCCGACGCUGCUCGGGGCCAAAGCAGGGCUCCCUCUGCAGGUGGAGCUGCAGCGAGCGGUGCAGGAGUGUUCGGAGACGGACGGAGGAGUGGAGGACAAGGAGGAGGACGGAGGAGGAGGAGGAGGAGGAGGAGAAGGAGAAGCCGGGCGGGGCAGCGAGGUCCACCAGCGCCUCUUCAACAUCCUGACACGCCUCCUCCAGGAGGGAGGGGCCUCAGGAGAAGGGGGCGGGGCCUGGGAGGAGAAGGGCCACGCCCACACGGCUCUGAACUUCUGA